AUGGCCAAGACCACCCACUAUGCAGCAGCCUCCCAGGAAGACCCUCCUGCCAAACCGGUAUCCAACGGGACCUCGGCCUCCACCCGUCAGCCUCCCGAGGACUCCAUGCAGCUGAAGAAGGAGAUCUCCCUGUUGAACGGCGUCUGCUUGAUCGUGGGCAACAUGAUCGGCUCAGGCAUCUUCGUCUCGCCCAAGGGCGUCCUGAUGUACAGCAGCUCCUACGGCCUCUCCCUUGUCGUCUGGGCCGUGGGGGGCCUCUUCUCCGUCUUUGGGGCCCUCUGCUACGCUGAGCUGGGCACCACCAUCAAGAAGUCGGGGGCCAGCUACGCCUACAUCUUGGAGGCCUUCGGGGAGCUGCCGGCCUUCAUCCGUCUCUGGACCUCCCUCCUCAUCAUUGAGCCCACCAGCCAGGCGGUCAUCGCCAUCACCUUUGCCAACUACCUGGUGCAGCCCGUCUUCCCGUCCUGCGAGGCGCCGUACCUGGCCGCCCGCCUUUUGGCUGCGGUCUGUAUCUGCUUACUCACUUUUGUGAACUGCGCUUACGUGAAGUGGGGUACCCGUGUGCAGGAUCUGUCCACCUACGCCAAAGUGCUGGCUCUCAUUGCCGUCAUCAUCGCUGGCAUCGUUUGCAUCGGACAAGGACGUUCCGAGAACUUUGCUGACUCUUUCGAAGGGUCCUCUUGGGAAGUGGGGAACAUCGCUCUGGCACUGUACUCCGCUCUCUUCUCCUACUCUGGAUGGGACACCCUCAAUUUUGUCACCGAAGAAAUUAAGAACCCUGAAAGGAACCUGCCCCUCUCCAUCGGGAUCUCCAUGCCCAUCGUCACAGUGAUCUACAUCAUGACCAACGUGGCAUAUUACUCUGUGCUGAGCAAAACAGACAUCCUGAACAGCGAAGCUGUGGCCGUAACCUUUGCUGACCAAGUGUUUGGAGUGAUGAACUGGACUAUCCCGUUGGCCGUAGCGCUGUCCUGCUUUGGAGGCCUCAAUGCGUCCAUUCUAGCAGCUUCCAGGCUGUUUUUUGUCGGUUCCCGCGAGGGGCACCUGCCCGACUCCAUCUGCAUGAUCCACAUCCAGCGGUUCACGCCUGUCCCAGCCUUACUCUUUAAUGGAGCCAUGGCGCUGGUCUACCUCUGCGUGGAGGACAUCUUCCAGCUGAUCAACUACUACAGUUUCAGCUACUGGUUCUUUGUGGGUCUCUCGAUCGCCGGGCAGCUCUACUUGCGCUGGAAGGAGCCCUUGAAGGAACGGCCCCUCAAGCUCAGCAUCGUCUUCCCAGUGGUCUUCUGCCUCUGCACCAUCUUCUUGGUCGCCGUCCCCCUCUACACCGACCCCAUCAAUUCUGCCAUUGGCAUCGCCAUAGCUGCUUCCGGGCUGCCCGUCUACUUCCUGAUGGUGCGGGUCCCUGAGCAGAAGAAACCGGAGUGCCUCCGGCGGGCCGUCGCCUCCAUGACACGGCUGAUCCAGAUCCUGUCUUUGUCCGUGCUAACGGAGAUGGAUCCUGACACGGAAGCCAAGUCUCAGUGA